CUGAGGCGGGAUAUGGCUAUGAAGGGUGUUGACAAGGUUCCAGUAUGCAGCUGGAUCGUACUGAGUGGGAAAGUUCACUUGUUCUUAUGCGGAGAUUCGUUGAACCCAGAAGCUAAAGAGUUGUUAACUUCCAUGUCCAAUUCUGGUUGCGGCUGAAACAGCAGUUUUCCAAGUUCCCGCGCUUCCGUCCCUAGUAAAUGGUAAUUCUUGCAGACGUUUCAAUACAUCAGCAAGUUAUUAUGUGUCCACUUUUACAGAGUCAAUCUACCUUGAGUUCUAAAUACGUUUUUUGCACGCUAUUUAACAUUUUGAAAGAGAUUUUUUCCAGCAUUCCAGUUCUCUAUCCGACUCUCUCUUCUCUUAUCUCGCAUUUGCAGGAAGUUCAUCGUAGAAUUAUCAUUUCCACCAGCGUCGAUCACAGAAAGCAAAAGGAUAGCAAACGACACGCCGUGGUGAUGUCAAAUUGUCAAGCGUGUCCUUCCGUUCAGAAACAGAAAAAAACUAAAAGGGGAAAGAAAAGAAGAAUUCGAAGCGCCCCGACCCUUCAGCGGGAAACUGCAUUGCCGUUUGCCGGCCGCUGCCGGCCAAUAUAUAAUAAUAUAAAACCACCGCCAUUGACGAAAAUCCAGAAGCUUAACUUGCAAGCCAAGUUUCCUAUUCCGUCCCCGCUGUAUUAUUAUAAAGAGGUGCGCACAUAAGAGUUGCAGAGAACUUAGGGAGAAUCGAUCCAGUUUCUGUUUACAUUUAUCGUUUGUCUUCUUCCAUUUUCCUAACAGAUUGACUCUGCAACUGGGUUCUUCUAUCUGCAGGUUCCGUCGAUCAAUAAUUUAAGGGGAAAAAUCGAAAGAGUCCUAAUUAAAGUUGAGACUAAAAACAUGAUCAAUUACAAUCUUAUGCUAUUCUUCCUAGUUUUAGUGUCAUUUUCUCCAAAUUGCCAGUCAUGGGGAUGGUUCUCUUCUUCGUCCUCUUCGGCUUCUGCCGCUGAGGAUGGAGGAGGAGGAGUGACAGUGGCCGAGUUCUCCAUGGAUGGUCCUGCAAAUGCCAAAUCAAUGGAACUGGUUGAAAGGGCAAGGAGUAAAUUGGUUGGUUCGAAUACUUGCUGGCAGAACGCUUACCAACACAUCUUUGCUGGGUGCACCCAAAUUAUUGCCAAUGACGAGAAACGCUCUAGAUUCGCCUGGCACCUCAGCGAUUGCUUUCAGAAGGACUCUGGGAGGGGACCUUUCCCUCACUGUGGCGAGGAUUCAGCCAUGAUUCAUUGCUUGAAGAAGUUGGAUGACCAUGAACAGAAAAUCUAUCUCGAGUUCUUGCUGGAAACCAAUUCCAUCUGCUAUCAGUUACAGGCACACGCCUUCAACCGUGAAACUGAGAGGUUGAUUAAUGAAUUAACAAGUUCAGCGCAGUGUACAGAGCAGAGAUUGGACGUAAUAAAAGAUACAACGUCCUCUCUACUAAAAAGCUCGAACCAGAUUCAUGAUUCGUUGAGUUCAGUGGAUCUCCAAGUUCAGCAUGUCAUCCAAACAACAAAGGGUGUGGAGAAUCAGAUGGACACAUUGUCAAAACACUCGGAAGCUGUUUACAGACGAUCGGAGGAAAUUGCAGAGUCACAAUCAGAGCUGCGAGCAGAACAAGAAAGAAUGAAUGAGGACCUGAAGGAGGGAGUCACGAUGCUUCAUGAUGCUUACAAUAGUUUGGGCGAGGAAGUAGGCAACCUGAGGAAUGAGGCUAUAGAGAUUGUGAAGCAGGUUGACAGUGUAGGAGAAGCGAUGUCAUCCAAGUUUCAGACUCUACAGAGCAAAGCCGAUGACAUCGAGAACAUGGCAGGAAGUUCGUUGAGCAAGCAACAAGAGCUUUUAGAUGGACAAUCCACUGCACUCAAAGGGCUUCAGAUCCUUACCGAAUCCCAAUCCGCAGCACUAGAAGAAAGUAGGAAUGCUGCGCAGCAUUUGGUUGAUCUGAGUCGUAAACAGCAGGAAGAGCUUCUUCAUAGGCAGGAGCAACUUCACCAAGUUCAUGAUCACUUGGUUGAGAAUUCACAGUCUAUAUUGGCAGCACAGGAAGCUUUUGAGAUGAAGCAAGCAAGCAUGUUCGUUGCUCUCGACAAAUUGUUUGAUCUGCAUAACGCUAUGCUGCUCGAAUCACGAGCAAUCAAAGCUUUCUUCAUCUAUGUUAUGUCGACUUUCAUCAUCUACAUGCUCACGAGCACGAAGCAGACAUAUCCUGUUAGGGCUAACCUCUAUAUUGGUCUAUGCAUCACUUUCAUCAUGGAAGUGGCAAUCAUUCGACUCACACCAGGUGAUAUCGUGCAACAAACUUGGAUAAUCAAUCUGAUGAGGUUGUUGUAUGCGUUGUUAGCUAUUCUUCAGCUUCUACACGCCAUUUACACAUACAGGGACUAUGAAGCAUUAAAUCAUAAAAUGAUCGCAUCAUUGGUAGAGAUGGUCAACUCCUUGCAAAGAAACAAGGAGCAUUCAUGGGAAGAAGACAGCGAUGUGGAUUGGUCGUCGUGGAUUGAAGAUGAGUUACUAGAAGAAGUUGCCAGUUUAGAAGAUCCUGACUACGUACCCCCCAAUGAUAUGGCAGACAAGUCGAUCGUAUGUGUUCCCAAGACGAGAAACUAUGAUCUCCGCCAACGACACCAUUAAAGUGUGAUCAUGAUGGCGAGGUAAAUUAACAUUAGACAUUUCUCAUUCCAGUUACCGGUUUUUAAUGUACUAGCAAACUAGUCAGCAUUAUCAUUCUUUCCAAGGUUCAAUGAGAAAUAGUGAAAUACUCUCCAAUCAUAAUAUUAAGUAUUUCGAGGAUGAGAUAAGUUUUGUUUAAUGAUAUGUUAUCUUUUGACUGCAUAGGCUUUGAGCGAGUAAGAAUUGAAUGUAUUUAUGAAUAGGCAUUGUUUAUGUUAGUGGAAGAUAGUUAUUGACGGCUUAUUUAAAGUUUAUUUGAUAUUUUAGUCUAUGAUUGAACCAUGUCUCAUAUUUGUAGGGUAAUUAGCAUAAAUGGUAACAAACCUUUGCACUUAGUACAAAACAGUCACAAACCUUUAAUUUGUAACAAUAUGGUAACAAAACUUUGAAAUUAUAUAAAAUGGUCACCGCUAUUUAAUUUGUGACCGUUUUGUUUUAAGUGCAAAGGUUUGUUACCGAAUCGUUACAAAUUAAAUGUUUGUCAUGUUUUAAGGUAGGGUAGUUUGUUCGUUAAGUAUAUGACACUAACCACUUGAACGACAUAUAAGAUGUCAGGUCAUGUGUUCAUCGACAUAUUUGCUUUGCCGAAUAAGAAUGCCCUCAGUUGACCUUUCAAUUUCGAUACCAAGAAAGUAGACAGAGUUUUUUCAACUAAAAAGCAGUUUGGAACCCGUUUGUGAGCCAUUGAGUUCUUUCAUUGUCAUCCUUUAUGACGAUCAUAUCAUUCACAUACAUUAACAAAACCACCAUACAACUAGAGCGAAUUGUAACGGUGAUUGAUCGUUCAAACUUUUGAACUUAAUUUGUACAAAACGGUCACCAAAAGUCUAAUUUGCAACGACACGGUAACAAAAGUUCGAACUGGUAUGAAAUGGUCACACUGUUUAAUUUGUGACCGUUUUGUUCUAAGUAAAAAGUUUUGUUAUCAAAUAGUUACAAAUUAAAGGUUUGUGACUGUUUUGUACUAAGUGCAAAGGUUUGUGACCAUUUAUGCUAAUUACCCCAUAUUUGUAUAUAUACAUUAUAGUCAUGAAAUCUUAUAAAUAUUGAUUACUGAUAAAAAUCAAGAUAAUUUUCAAUGUAUAUUGUAUUGGGUCAUAAUCAAGUCAAAGGAUUGGUGGAGUUAUAGUACAAGGAUAAUAAUAAUUGGAACUUUGCUAUCCUAAUAUUUAUCAUAUCUUGUUCAAACUUAAAGAUCUAAGGAUUUAAAGUGCGUUGGACCGGAAUUAGAUAGGUAUAAAUAACUUUGUGCAACAAUUAGAUGCUUCAGAUUGGUCAGCAUCAGCUCCAAAGUAGGUUGGGUAAAAAAAUUACAUUGUGCCAGUCUAACUCAAGGUUUUAGCAAAAAUUCCAAACUCUGCACAAACAACAUAACCGUUCUUCAUCCGUCACCAUCAGUUGGUUGGGCACAUCAAGUUGUCGCGUAAAAAUGAGAAGAAAACUCUGAAAAGAAGACGUAUGGCUAAAAAUUUGUCUAUCCCGUACCUGUCUCUUUCUGUCCCGUCCCUAAAGAGUCAGCUUGCAUAAUCGACCCGUCCCGUCCCUGUUCUCUUCUUGAGUCUUGACCCUGUCUGACCCUUUAGGGUCGGGACAGGCCAGGUCAGCGGGUCGACCCUCUCCAACACAAAAUUAAAUACCAAAUUAUAAAAAACAGAAAAUUAAUUAAUUAAUUCAUAAAAUAAUUUAUUUAAGAAAUUAUUUCAAAAAAU